AGACUCGGUUUCAACAAGAUGGGCGAGCUGGAUAAGGCAUUGUUGCUCGUGAACAGCCUAUUAGAUGCCGUCACAAAAGGAAUGAAAGACGACCUCCUGCAAGACGCUAUCACCAUGUUACAGGGGGCCAUUCGCGGCGAGGGCGAUCACAGAACACGAGAAAAGCUUGAAGUUGUCCUGAUCAAAGCGCUUGUAACUCGAUUCGCUCGUUACGGAUGGGCCGACGAUUUGGACGAGGGGUUGGGACUUUUGCGAAAAGGCGAUCUUGAUGUCAAAUUGACGCUCAUUGAUCAACUCCGAAUCUCAGGUUUGCGGGGCGACCACUUCCCCGCCAUCGUCUCCUCCGUCCUCGAUCUUCUCCGAGAUUAUCGACAAUCGAUUGACAAGUCCAGCCUCGACACUGCCUUUGCUCUCGCCAUUCGAGCUAUCGCUUCGUGUCAAGGUGUGACCAACACCCAAGCCCAACUAUUGCUUCGGGUUGGAAACGCAUUUGCUCUGAGGUACCUGGCAUCCGGGGACGAGGGGGAUUUGGGUUUGGCCGGGGUAUAUUUUCAAGACGCCAAGCGCGCCUUCAACAAGGGCGAUCCGAUGCUCUCCGUCGUCCUGCUCAACCUGCAACACAUUGGAUGGAUGAAGCUCAUGGAAUGCGAAUCCAGGCAGAAGCCGGUGGGGUUUAGGGAGAUGGAGCGGUUUGGUAAAAAGGCCCAAGCUGAGGACCGAGGAGGAUUGGAACCAUACAUGCUGGGCACGGCUUUGCUGAAAAACGGAGGUCGACUUCACCUGGAUAAUGCUAUCUUUCAAUUCCGCCGAUCCCUUUCACUACGGCCGCCGCAACAUCCAAGGCGUCAUGAUACGCUUGGUAACUGCGCCAUUGCCCUGCUCAAACGAUUUAUUUUGACCAGUAACUUUGAAGAUCUGGAAGAAUCCGUUCAGAUGCAACUCCAGGCACUCGCGCUUCGACCACCGAACCACCCGGACAGAUCCCGCUCACUGGACAACCUGGCGAACGCCCUUUGCACCCGAUUCAACCACAGGGGUGAUUUCAGAGACCUGGAAGAGUGUAUUGCGCGCCACAGAGAGGCACUGAGUCUUCAACCUCCAGGCCACCCAGAUCGCCCAGCAUCGCUCGUUGGCCUUGCAAGUGCCCUUGACACGCGUUUUGAGCACAAAGGCAACGUUGUAGACCUCGAAGAAAGCAUUGCGUCCCACAGGGGAGCACUGGUUCUUCUACCUCCAGGCCACCCAGAGCGGUCUUCAUCACUCAUCAACUUCGCAGGCUGCCUUCUAACCCGCUUCAAGCUCCAAGGCGACUUUCGCGACCUCGAGGAGUGCAUUGCCUGUAAUGAAGAAGCGCUAGCCCUGAUGGCCCCGGGCGAUCCGGAACGAUGCGGCCCUCUCGAAAACGUGGCAAUCUCGCUGAGUACACGGUACCAGUACGAAGGCAACUUUCUCGACCUAGAAGAAUCCCUUUCACUUUUCAGGGAAGUCCUCAAUCUUCGUCCUCCAGGCCAUUCGGACCGUCCCAGGACGCUGAGGAAUCUUGCCAGUUCCCUUUCCAUGCGCUUCCGUCACAAAGGAGACUUCUGCGACUUGGAUGAGUGUAUUGACGCUCACAGGAAAGCACUCAGCCAUCAGCUUCCGGGCCACCCUGGCCGUGGAAUCUCGCUAAGCAGCCUGGGAGGGGCUCUUUCUAUCCGCUUCCAGUACAGGCAUGACCUGUGUGACCUGGAAGAGUCUGUCGCAUCUCACAGCGAGGCACUGGCUCUGAUCCCUCCCGGCCACCAGGAUCUCUCCAACCUACUCAACAACCUAGCAAUUUCUCUUAGCGCACGCUUUGAGCGCAAAGGUGACAUCCACGACCUGAAAAUGGCCAUCAAGUACCAUAGGGAAGCACUCACUCUUCGACCUCCAGGCUGCGCGGACCGUCCGAGCUCGCUCAACAAUUUGGCAAACGCCCUUGCUAUCCGCUUCCAGCGCGAAGGCGACCUCAGCGACCUCGAGGAGUGCAUUGUACAUGUACGGGAUGCUCUAACUGAGUUUUCACGCAUAGGUCCCGCUCUUGCCCUGGAACACGAACCCAAUCUUCCUGUUGUCUACAAUCCUGAUUCGCUGAAGACGCUGACGAACCUUGUCACAUUCCUCAAACUCAAGUACAAAGUCCACAGCGACAGCAGCAUCCAGGACGAGAUCUUCCGGCUCCUCAGGUCUGGCGCUCAGUUCCACGGAUCAUCGCCAUUGGCGAGGCUAGACCACGCCGGCCUCUGGAGUUCAACCUGCCGGGAGUUUUGUCGCUGGGAAAACGCACUGGAGGCUCACAAACAUGGGGUGGAUUUACUCCCCCAUCUGGCCUCUCUCGACCUCACACUGGAGCAGCGCCAGAAUGUCCUCAUCCACGCCAAAGAACUGUCGGGCGACGCAGUACAGUGCGCGAUUGAACAAGGUGAAUUGGAGACUGCAGUUGUGUUUCUCUCCACAGCACGAUCGGUCUUCUGGUCUCAAACCCUUCAGUUCCGGGGGUCUCUCGAUAAUUUGGAAGCCCUCCACCCUGAUUUAGCGUCGGAACUCCGUUCUGUUACUGGCCAGCUGGAAAUCGCGACAGGCCAAAACCUGGAGCCUGACUCCAUGUCGGCCAAACUGCCAUCACGACCAUACCUACUCGCUCGGAAACGAGAGGAGGUCAUCGCACGGAUACGAGCCACCGAUGGCUUCCACGAUUUCCUGCUUCCACCCUGUUUCGACACCCUCAAAAAUGCAGCCCGUGGCGGGCCCGUUGUCUUUCUGAAUGCCAGUGAAUUUGGGUGCCAUGCUCUCAUUAUGAAAGGGGACGGCACUCUUCUCCCCCUUUCUCUGCUCGCAGAUAUGUCACUGUUGCUAUAUUUAGCAGACGCAAUUCCGUUGCUGGCCAGAGGUCAAGAAAUUGACGUUCAUGUUCGAUGCAAUAUCGACAACUGUUUUGACGGGCGGGAUGUUCGGUUGAAGGCAGUCCGCAGAAGGGAAGAUUACCGGACGGCCGACGACGACUUCCGGGAUGUUCUCGAAAUCCUCUGGGAGGUGGUGGCCCAGCCAGUCAUUACAGCACUCGGACUUUCGAAGGUAAGUUAUCCUGAAACCAACUGA